UCUCUCCCUCUCUCUCCAACUUCUUCUUUCUCUUCCAAUCAAGAAACCUUUGAUUCUUCAUACAAUUUGUAUAAUAUAAAAUUAAUCCAAAGAACAGACAUAAUCUCUCUUUUCCAAUAUUAUUAAUGCUUAUUUCUUGCAUCAGAAAUCGUAAUUCUCUAUCUUCCUUGCAACUACUUACGAGACGGAUUAUUGCUGAUAACAGACGGACCUCACGAUAAGCGGAGUAACGAGACGGGAAAGCCGAACUAAUCAAUCAGCAUCGAGACAGGUUGAGCCGAAGAGUGUUUUCCUUGGUCCCACCAAGGACGCUGAGGCGGUCAGGUCACGCCGGCGGGUUAUGAUGGCCACAGCACUCACGGUCGUUCCAGGUGGCAUGCUCACCACCAGGGCGGAUUAAAACCCCGCUCGAACAUACCUUAAACCCAAUGGCAAUACGGGAUCAAAAAGGUUUUUAUUAUUCGGGUAGUAAAAAGGUCUUGCACAGUUUCAUCUUCUUUCUCCUGGGUCUUCUCUUCUUUUCAGGUUUUAGUGCUGCAGAGAAGCCAUUGAUGGAAGAAACUUACAGUAAAGAACUGGAUCAAAAGAGAGAACUAAUACCUUUAUCAGCUUCUUCUCGACGAUUAAUCUUCAAAGUCGACUCAAAAUCCUCUACAACUGAAAAAGAUGUCACAACUCCAAUCACAACAGUUCCUUUAAUCAACCCAAUGAAUCCUGGAACGUAUACAAGUCCACUUGUAAAUCCACUUUCAAAUCCACCAGGACCUACUAUGACAAAUCCAACAGGACCAAUUAUGACAAAUCCAACAAGUCCAACUAUGACAAAUCCAAAUAAUCCUUCAACUGCUGCAUCAUCAUCAGGGGGAAGUUGGUGUGUCGCAAGCCAGAGUGCUUCACAACCAGCCUUACAAGUUGCACUUGACUACGCCUGUGGAUAUGGCAAAGCCGAUUGUUCUGCAAUUCAAACAGCUGGAAAAUGUUAUAACCCAAAUACGCUUCGCGAUCAUGCAUCUUAUGCAUUCAAUGAAUGCUACCAGAAGAAUCCGAGACCUACUAGCUGCAAUUUUGGAGGAGCUGCUGUGAUCACCAAUGUCGACCCAAGCUCUGGAGCAUGUCAGUAUGGAUCAACCAGCACAAGUUCAUCAAUUCUGAACACAACAAACCCAACAGGAGCAACAAUUUUCGGCGCAGAACCAUCAGGACCCAGUGAUUCAGCAGCUUCGAUGUCUGAAAGCCUGCCUCUUGUUAUCACUUCAACAUGCCUCCUAAUGUCCUUUCUCUCCCUGAAUCUCUAAGAAAAUGAGAACUGCAGUCAGGUUACUCCUUUUACCUGCAUCAAAGACAUAGCAAUCUUCUCAAUCUCGACCCAUUACUCUUUCUUUUAUACAGUAUAAUUAGGGUACUACAGGUUAUAUAAACAAGGAGCGCAUUUUCUCAAUAGCAUGUUCCUCCCCACAUUAUUAAGUUCAUAGCUAAACUAAAAUUUAGGAUCUCACUAUUAGCCGUGCAGUUGUGCUGCUCUAGUGCAGAAAAGAUAAACUGUAGUUUUAUAUAUAGUUCCUUUUUGUAGUGCUCAGAAAAUAAGUGUUGAUUAAAGUUAAGUUGGAUUUUGGGGUUUCAAAUGCUACAUAUAAUCACUGCAGCUAAUGAAAAAAUACAGUUAAUUCUUGUUCUUUGAAA